ACAUGGAACAGCAUGUCAGGGCUGAGCGUGCGCCUGAAGCCGGUGCCCCUCCAGAGCCUCUCAGAGUUGGAGAGAGUCCGCCUGCAGGAAGUGGCCUUCAGCAGGUUGCUCCAGGACUACGACCUGGGUUGCCAGAUCACCAUCCCUAAAGAUGGUCAAAAGCAUAAGAAGUCACUCAGGAGGAAGUUGGAUUCAUUGGCCAAAGAGAAGAGUAAGGAAAAAGAGUCUAUGCCCCAGGCAUUCGGUAUAACGCUGUCGAAGGUGAUCUCUAACGACCGUGCCCAGAAGCAGCGUCAGGAGCUCCAGACCCAGCGAGAGGAGCACCGUGACGCCAUUGACCUGGUGUCCUCUCUUUUGCACCUCACCUCCCGGAGAAGCACUAAGGACAAGGAGCUGUCCAGCAGCAACUCCUCCCUCAGCUCCAACUCCGAAACGCCCAAUGAGUCCCCUUUGCCCAACACGCCUGAGGCACCACCACGCACACACAGGAGGGGAGGAAUGUCUGUGGAUUGCAUCACUGACCUGGAUGACAACCAGUCUCGUCUGCUGGAGGCCCUGCAGCUGUCCCUGCCAGCCGAGACAUCCAGCAACAAGAAGAAGCAGAGGGACAAGAAUCUCAGCCUCAACCACAUCUUUCGACAGGUGCCCAGGGUAGUGGAGAGCUGCUGCCUGCACCUGGAGAAACAUGGUCUACAGACUAUUGGCAUUUUCCGUGUAGGGAGCUCAAAGAAGAGGGUACGGCAGCUGAGAGAGGAAUGUGACCAGGGUGUGGAGAUCCAACUGGAUGAGGAGCACAGUGUCCAUGAUGUGGCCGCGCUGCUCAAGGAGUUCCUGAGGGACAUGUCUGAUCCCCUACUGACCAGGGAGCUCUACACCGCCUUCAUCAACACCAUGUUACUGGACCAUUCAGACCAGGAGAUCACCAUGCAGCUGCUGAUGUACCUGCUCCCACCCUGCAACAGUGACACCCUGCAACGCCUCCUGGAGUUCCUGGCCACGGUGGCCGCCCAUGCCAAGGACAGCCAGGACAGGGACGGGCUGGAGAUCACAGGGAACAAGAUGACAUCGCUCAACCUGGCCACCGUCUUUGGGCCGAACCUUCUACACAUGCAAAAGAGCUUGGACAAGGAGUUUGCUGUGCAGAGUUUUGCCCGUGCCGAGGAGAGUACAGCCAUCAUAGGCGUGGUACAGAGGAUGAUCAACACAUACGAGACCCUCUUCAUGGUGCCUCCUGACCUGCAGAAUGAGGUUCUAAUGAGUCUGCUGGAGACGGAUCCUGAUGUGGUGGAUUACCUACUGCGGAGGAAGGCUUCUCAGUACUCUGGUCCAGGCCUGCUGAUGAUUGAGGAUCCCUUCUCUCUGAGUGAGAGGCGCUGCUCCAGUGACUCCAACAAGGCCUCCAGUGCGGAUGUGUCCCCCUAUGAAAUCAACUCUCCAGUGCUGUCGGAGCGCUUGCUCUCCCAGGACCAGGGGGACAGCAGCCCCCUCUCUGACAGGCUCUUCAAGGUCUCCGAGCAGUACACACUGGUGGGCCACGUCAAAGGUUGUCCCAGCGACAGCUACAGUACCACUCACCAUCCACAGGCAAAGGGGAAAAGGAAAGGGAAAGGGGGAUAUACCUAGUCAGUUGUACAACUGAAUGCAUUCAGCUGAAAUGUGUCUUCCGACAUUUAACCCAACCCCUCUGAAUCAGAGAGGUGCGGAGCUGCCCAAUGAUCAAGUUGUUGGCCAUUUCAUCUCUGAAAAUACCACUAAUACACUGUAUUGUAUAUUGCUGCUUAAUAUGAAGAAUAUUUCAGAUUUUUCUAUUAGACACACCUGACUAACAUUUCUGGGGUGCCUGGCAUUCCUCUCUAAGGAAAGGGUUUAUGGAUCAUCAUAUCACUGGUAUGUUCAUUGUCUUUGAAUAGCAUGUCUCAUUCUUUGUUCUUUGAAACCCUGCAACCUAGAAUAAAUUACAUGUUCACUAGGUGGAGAUAAGACUUUGAUUAUGUGUACAUGGUUUCCCCCAGUUUCCCAUGGCGACGUUUCAGAAUGCAGCUCUUGUGGCUCAUUGGAGGGACUCGACGGUCACCAAGGUAACAACAGCAAACAGCGUGUCAGAUAAUCUUACACCUCAAUUGGUAUGCCUGAGUGCAGGCCACACCCCCCAGUGACUUGCUGCAGCAGUAGCCCUCUGACGAAGAGAGGGCGGAGAUUGGAGGGUACAGACCUGUUAUUACUUCACCGACCACCGGGCCAACCAGGGGGCUGCAGCCCAGAGGACAUUGCGCUAAUGGGCGGAAUGGGACAGCCUGCCAGUCCCUCCCUCAGAGGCAGGCCUGGCGGCAGGGUGGAUGGAAGGCCUCCCCCUUCCUACUCUGGACCGCUCAGAGGAACUUCUCCACACCUUCCCUCUGCCCUUCCACGCACCAGCCUAGGUGUGUGACCCACCCAGAAUCCACAACUGCCCCCCCCAGGGCAGCAGCAGCCCUGGGCCCCAGACUGUGGCCCCUACGACCCCCUCCUCUGGUCCUCUGGAAGGGAAGGUGUCAGGCAGCCCAGAGUUGCAGAAGGAGAUGUGGCAGAUAGGGCAGCUCCUAUCAGCAGACAAUACACUCUACCAGAGACACUGGUGUGAUGUUUAUACGCACUCGCUCAAACUACUUUGUCCUUCUCUAAAUUGUAGGUUCAAUUUACUGAGAUGUGCCAAUUGUCUGUGAGUAAAUGUUGUUAUUUCACUCUUGAUGUGUCUUACAGUUUUCAUAUUUCAGAAGUCUGACUCCAACAUUUUGCCACUAAGACAGUACCUCAACAGAGACACAAAUUAGCAUCACUGACAUGUGACUAUCUGAAUAUUGUUUACCCAUAGUAACUAAAUACUACAUUUUCUUUCCUUUAUGUUUUUUAAUUUUAUUUCAACUCAGAACAAUGAUGUGAGAAUUAAUCUGAAUGUAUCCUAAACGUAUUGGUACUAAUAGCCUACAUGUAAUGUUUGUUUUUGUAUUGUAAUAUCACCCUGUGAGAUAUAAUGCAGAUAUGUUAUAAGCAAAAUCAAAUACAACUUUCUUAGUGAAACAUGACAUCAAAUUAUGUUCGAUGCUGUAAGUGUCUUUGUGUUAUUUGUAUCUUGGUGGAGCUAUUGCCGAACAAAUGAAAAUUGAUUGUUUGUGUUUUUUGAUAGUGAUAUUGAACUUAACUGUUUAGGUCACUUGCUUUUUAUAACUCAUUUUAAUGUUUGUGGCCUUCUGCAACUGAUUGUAAUAGUCAUUAAUUCAUUGACUU